AUGUCUCGUACACCGAAAAAGCCUAAAACUACUACAAAUGUCAUCAAACCUAACGAAGUACUAUCCAUUCGCAAAAUAGUUAAAAGUCAAAUCUUGGAUCCUGCUUCAAAUCCUUUUCGAGGCUCUCCCAAAGAAUUUUCUGAUGUUCUGUAUCUUUUCCGGCGUGCCAUAGAAAAUGGUGAAAGUAAUUCAGCUCUUUUGAUAGGCCCAAGAGGAAGUGGCAAAUCAACUCUCGUGGAGACUGCCAUCAAAUCACUUCAAGAUGAUUGUGAAGCUUUCGAUGAUUCUGUUAUAGUUCGGCUGAAUGGCUAUGUACAUACAGAUGACAGGCUUGCACUAAAAGGAAUUGCCACACAAUUACAGCUUGAGAAUGCAGUCGGGGACAAGGUCUUUGGAUCAUUUGCUGAAAAUUUGACAUUUCUUCUUCAAUGUUUGAGUCAGGGUGACCGAGAGCAUUCAAAGUCUGUAAUUUUUAUUCUUAAUGAAUUUGAUCUCUUUUGCCAUCAUCAAAACCAAACAUUACUAUACAAUCUUUUCGAUGUAGCUCAAUCUGCCCAGGCUCCCAUUUGUGUGCUUGGGAUUACCUGCCGCAAAGAUGUUACUGACCUUCUUGAAAAAAGAGUAAUGUCUCGAUUUUCUAAUCGUCAGAUUCAUCUUUAUCCCCAAGCAUUUGAAACUUUAGAAGAGGGUGUUCGCAAUCGCAUUCAGUUAUGCAUUAAUUUACUCUCAUUGUCUUCAAAGGACAAAAUAAAUAUUAGUGCAGCUACAGUUGCUCAUUGGAAUGCAGAGGUGGAAAGCCUUUGUCAUAAUCCUACUGUUACAGAUUGUUUGAAACAAAUGUAUUACACUUCUAAUUGUGAACGAACUUUGAGAAAUUUUUUGCUACUUGUAAUCUCCAGGCUUGAUGAUAACAAGUUGGAAUUAUGUCCUUCAGAUUUCUCAGAAGUUUCUAAGCAGUUGCAUCGAAAUCUUCGUGUAGCAAUGGCCGAGGGACUCUCUGUACUUGAGCUCUGCUUGCUCAUAGCCAUGAUGCAUCAGAAUGAAAUAUUUGACUUUGCACCUUUUAAUUUUGAAAUGGUUUUUAACCGUCUCUUAAAGUUUGAGCAGCACAGUUCCAAAACGAUGAAUGUAGAUAGACAAGUAGUUUUCAAAGGUUUUGAACACCUUAAGGCUUUGGAGUUCAUCAAACCAGUAUCUUCCUCUAGUCAGGUUUUGAAAGAGUUUCAAAUGUUUAACCUUAUGCUGGUUACUGAUGAAAUUAGAGAGGCUGUUAACAACUAUCAGGGUCUUCCCACUGAGGUGUCUCAAUGGGCAUUUUCUGACUACACUUAGCUCCUACAUGUAAUAAUGAUGCUGUAGGUGUAAAUUUCUUGGGUACUUCUUUUGCAUCUGCCCCUGUGGUUUCAUCAAUUCAUGUUCCGUGUUGUACCGAAGAGUAAGUUGGAAAUAAAGAAGAAAUCUGGAAGAUUCA